UCAUACUUUUCUUCAGUCUGAAAUUAUGUAAAAUUCGUCAGCGAAAGCGAAAGUAAUCGGCUAUUUUUCUUUCAAAUUCACAAAUUAGGCCCUAUUUUUCGGUUCUAAAGUACCGAAAAUACUCCCAGAGAUUCCUGAAAAUGUUAUAGUCUCAGAUUUGCGUAUCGCAUCAAAACAAAAACAUUGACUUUGAACCCCGGCAGACAACGAUAAAAAAAGAGCAUUUUUGGAAAAGAAAUCCUAGGUAUGCUUCUGAGUACCGUGUGCCAGCUACCGGGAAAGAUACUGCUCUCGGCCAGUAACCAUGGAUCAUUGCUGCAGCAAAUUCCUUCGACCAUCGCAACUCGAGUUCUAGCCGGCGCUGCUCGCCGGAAGUUGCUCUUCCGGUACGCAUUUCUGAGCCCAGCCUGUCUGUACCAUCGAGACCGGAGCGAUGAUGGACACCGACUGCUCGGAACGCCACCAAACACGCCUUUCUACAAGUGCUUUUCGUCGUCGCUCAAAAAGGAAGACUUUCAGAUAAAAUCCGUCGAGGGAGCGGAGAUUUUGCAGAAUGUGCUGGAGAAAAACAAACAGCUGCUGCAGGAGAAGAAGAAGGUGAUUAUUCAGGACAUUCGCGAUCGGAAGGACAAGGUCAAGGAGCGGGUAGAGGAGGUUAUUGAGAGGGAAAACGUGGCCACGAUACCGAACAUGCUAUGCAUCGGGAGGAUUGUGAUGUCGCCCUAUUUGGGAUACGUGAUCGUGCAGUCGAACUUUUCGCUGGCCAUGGGCAUGCUGGUGGUGGCAGGAUUAACUGAUUUGGCGGAUGGGUUUAUCGCUCGUAAUUGGCCCAGCCAGGCUAGUCGACUGGGCUCGUUUUUGGAUCCAAUGGCGGACAAGAUCUUAGUCGGAACGUUAGUCAUUUCGAUGAGCUAUGUUGAGUUGUUGCCACUUUGGUUGACCGGAAUGAUCCUGUUCCGGGAUGUGUUCCUAAUCGGAGCGGGAUUCGUGAUACGCUACGUUAGUCUACCUCAGCCGCGGACAUUGACGCGAUAUUUCGAUGUAACGCACGCUACUGCCCAGCUUGCACCGACUUUCAUCAGUAAGGUGAACACUGCCGUCCAAUUGGUUGCCGUUGCCACCACCCUGGGAGCACCAAUUUGGAACUAUGUAGACCAUCCGUACCUUCACGCGUUGUGGUAUUUGACAGGGUUCACUACGGUGGCCGCUGCAAUGAGCUACGUCUUUAACAAAGAUACGUACAAAAUCUUGAAAAGCAAUAAGCAUCCAUGAAGUUCGAUUACGAUUCUUCCCUUCACAUUUACGUACUUGUCCCUUUUUAUGUGCAUAAUUUCUCUUGACCUUUCUUCGUUUGGAACUCCCUUCAAACCAAAUUGUAUAUAACAUUGGAAUAAAAGUUUGAUAUUCGAACAUUCAACAGGAAA